AGUGCGGUUCAGUUGUAGCGGCACCGUGGCUGAGAUCGGACGCAUGUCUCCGUUUACCUGGCGACCCGCGUGUCGCCGCGGCCACGCGCGCGUCACUCUUUCGUCCCGUCGCGUACUCUGCUCGCCGGCUUUUGCCGCCUCCACCGCCGCCGCCGCCGUAGCUGCCGGUGUCUGAUCAAGCACGCGGUUGCUUCACUGAUCGGUCGGUUGGCCGGCCGGCGCGCCGCCUGUCUGCUUCCACUGCAGGUCGUACACGAAACGCCUGCCACUAUUGCGGCUCUUCUCUGCCUUCUCCGGGAAAAUCAACGCGCAAAACGGACGCGGUAGCACGUUGAAUGGGCCGGUGGAGGGACGUCGCGUUGUUUCAUUGACAGUGCCGUCCGUGUUCGUUCGACGAAAUCAGCGUUCGCGUGGACUCGCGAUAUUUCUCAGGGAACACGCGCGCCUCCGCGCGACGAACGUGGCGGGGGAGUCCCAGCGGCGGCAUAAUUCGAAAGUUCAACGAACGAAGCCGCGAGCGGCAAACUUGGAGGACUACCUGGAACGUGGGCGCUCCGGUUGCAGUUAUGGCGAAGUUCCCCUUUGACUUGGUCGCGGGUAACGCGAGACUCGGAAAGGAGUGGUAGUCCCGGAGCGACACGUACAGCAGACGCGAUGAUGGUAGUUGAGCAUUUUCGUAUUGCAGCUCGCGGAAAGUUGUGCGCGGCGUGCCGGAAGCCAACCGGCCUGGGGCGCGCCGGGCGAGUGAGUGAGCGAGGCACCUGCGAGGUUAACGUUAUGGUAACGUGAAUCGAUCGUCUCGAUUUUCGUUCUCCCUCCGCUCUAUCUGUCACGGCAAGAACUCGCGGCGGAGGUGCAUGCGUGCACGUCACGAACCUGCUCCGGUGAUCGUAACGCUCACGAGAGCGUGCACGAGGCAAACUCGCGUUGGGGCGGGGGUGAACUCGAAGCUACGUCGACUAUCCGCGAAUUUUCGAAACUUUUGCCGGCCGCAAGGAAGAAACUCUCUUCUUUUCCUCCUUCCCUCUCUCUCUUUCUUUUUCUCUCACGCCUGCUCCGUUCCUCCGCCCCCUUGCCUUCGGUUUCAAAGGUCACCCUUGUUGCGAAGGGCACGCGGGGGUUGGACGGUUACGUCACGAAGACACUGGUCGCACUGGUCUCGAGUAAUCUUGCGCCGGCAAUUACGCAGUGAGCAGCCUGCGACAAGAGAACGGCGCAAUUAAAGAAUACAUUCGAGGAGACUCGACGGUGACCGACGUGAUAAAUGCUCGCUCCGCAUCGCACGGAGCUCCCGAUCGGAUAUGAGACUAAGAUUGAACGUUCUAUGCGAGGAGAAAACUCCGCCGCGGAUAAAACGAGAAGAAUGGCGCGAGGGAAGAGUCGAAGAGACUGCAAUCGAAUCAGCGCGCCGUAAUCCGUCCCUGAUCGAGCCAGUGUAGAUGCGCGCUGGUAUCGCGGGCAAACAGGUGGAGACCAAUGGCGCGUCCCGUCCUCCGAGACGCGAUUCGCCGCUGACGGAAAAGAACAAAACCCUCGUCCACACGAGUCAAAACACAAAGUCAAGUCGCUCCAACGCCGCUCGCGCUUUUCGGUGCGACUCAGCACGACGUGCUUCGUGCGCGCCCCAGCAGCUCCGACGUGCACGUGACGCGUCCGCAGCAGACACCUGCAGCGUAACUCCUCGCCACAUAGAAAGAAUCCGCGACUCGACCCGCCACGAUGACGCUCCGUCUCGGAAUUCCACGCCGAGCCGCGGCAUCCGCCGUGCGUCGCCGCAUGUGCGCGCGGUAAAGCGGAUGACGUGGCCGCACAUAAACCGCACGCAAAGUUCGCGACAGUUUGCGCUAAUAUCGCGUCGGCUAACGCGGAUUCGCGGUGGAUUUCCGAUUAAGAGGGAGAGAUUUCGCGAUCGCCGUCCUCACGGUAACCGCUGCGUAAGCACCAUCGCGGCCAAGGGACCGGCAGGGGUGCUCGAAGGGGGUGCAUUCGACGGCAGUGAUGAGGGAAAUACCAGGCGUACGUUAACCAAGUGCCACAGUUGCGAGGGGAGACUCACGAUGACGAGGUCUCGCGCGCCUCUACGCGGCUGAGGGCACCGAGGAUGCCGAGGUAGUGAGAGGCUCACUCGAGACCGACGACGAUGUCUAGACCGGGCAAGGAUCCCGUGCAGAAGUGCCACUCGGAUCCGGGCGCAGCCGGCACUUCGUGCAGCCCCAGCAAGCGAAUCUCGCGGCGACAUGUGCCAUGCAUUCCGACCUCGCCGAACACGCGCAAAUGCGUCUUGACCUUGGACGGAUACAGUUACGUGAUCGUUGCAUCUCCGCCGGACAGACGAGUCACGAGGGAUGAUAUCGGAGUGGCCUCGGCCGGUGUAGCGGCGAACGCGAACGAAGCUACCGGCUGCAGCAGCGGCGCGACGACCUCAAGGCCGCGCAAUCCCUCUUCACCCGGUCGGAACGGCCAACUCCCCAAACAGGGCACUUUGACGAUAGUACGCCGAAGCUCCGGCAAAAGCAAAAGCAUCGCCGCUGGGAGUUUCGAAAGUUCCCCACCGCCGCACAAUCCCGACGCGAGCUAUUUAUCGAGCCAAUCCGUUGACCUCGACGAGAUCCUCGACAAUGUCGAUCUCACGACGGACUCGCUCCCUGCCGUUGACACCCCCGAUGCGUGCGACAAAGCUGCCCUCAGACUGAGGUGUUUAUUGAGGCAACUACAACAUGGGGAAAUAUCCGCCGAACUGCUCCAACGAAACCUGCACUACGCAGCGCGCGUACUCGAGGCCGUUUUUAUCGACGAGACCAAGGUGAGUUCAGGCGGGAAUGAGUGCACUCGGUCAUCACGUAGGGGGGCGGGCCUGACGUCUUCAUCCCUAGGGGGCGGCUUGGACCCGGACGGACCACAGGGCCACGCCGUGGUAACCCAGAAACGGAAGCUUCGCACCCCCGUAUGGGCAAGAGACGCCGAGCGUGUGGAGUCAGCCGCUACGUGUCGCCCGGGUGUACGCCGUAGGCGACUCGCGGACGAGGAUGACGAGCUGUCGGAGGUGCAGCCGGACGCGGUGCCGCCGGAAGUGCGCGAAUGGCUGGCCUCGACUUUCACCAGGCAGCUGGCCACCACCAGGCGGAAGGCCGACGAGAAGCCGAAAUUCCGCUCGGUCGCGCACGCCAUCCGCGCGGGCAUAUUCGUCGAUCGGAUCUACAGGAGGGUCACGAACACUGCCCUUAUGCAAUUCCCGCAGGAUGUCGUGAAAGUACUCAAGACUUUAGACGACUGGUCGUUCGACGUGUUUUCCUUGAACGAGGCCGCGCUGGGCAUGCCGGUGAAAUACCUAGGCUACGAUCUCAUCAAUCGGUACGGCAUGAUUCACAAGUUUAAAGUACCCCCCGCAGUUUUGGAGUGCUUCCUCGGAAAAGUCGAGGAGGGCUACUGCAGGCAUCGGAAUCCGUACCACAACAACCUCCACGCCGCCGAUGUCGCGCAAACGAUGCAUCACAUCCUGUGUCAAACGGGCCUGAUGCACUGGCUGACCGAUCUCGAGAUUUUCGCCACCCUCGUGGCAGCGAUUAUUCACGAUUACGAGCACACUGGGACCACAAACAAUUUCCACGUAAUGUCCGGUAGCGAAACAGCGCUUCUGUAUAACGACCGCGCUGUGUUGGAAAAUCAUCACAUCUCGGCCAGCUUCCGGAUACUCCGAGAGGAUGAUUGCAAUAUAUUGCAGAACUUGUCGAGAGAGGAAUUCCGAGAAUUUCGAUCGCUCGUGAUUGACAUGGUUCUUGCUACCGACAUGAGUUUUCACUUUCAACAGUUGAAGAACAUGAAGAAUCUACUAAGUUUGGCGGAACCGAGCGUGGAUAAAAGCAAAGCCGUUAGUUUGGUCCUCCAUUGUUGCGACAUCUCGCACCCCGCUAAAAGAUGGGAUCUCCAUCACAGAUGGACGAUGCAACUUCUGGAAGAGUUCUUCAGGCAAGGUGACAAAGAGAGAGAACUCGGCUUGCCGUUCUCCCCACUGUGCGACCGCAAUAACACAUUAGUGGCUGAAUCUCAAAUAGGAUUCAUUGAAUUCAUUGUCGAGCCUAGCAUGCAAGUGUGCAGCGACAUGCUGGAGACCGUUCUGGCGCCGUUAAACGUUAAGGAUACCGGUGAAGAGCCCAGCAACGGUUCAGGAGGGGAGAGUGGAAGAUUUACAAUCAACAAACCCUGGAUUCCGUGUCUCGCAGAGAACAAGAAGAUCUGGAAGGAGCAAGCAGUGCGAGAUGCGGAAGCCAAAGCACAAAAGGAGCAAGAACAGAAGGGCAACGGUAAUCACGAAGACGGCGGGGGAGCACAGGCAGCACCGGUCAAGGAAUGAAAGAUACAGCGGGCGGUUGUGUUUUUCAAAAGUCUCUGUAAUUUUAGGCUACGGGGCAGCUCGUGAUCGCGUCGCGGACAGUGUCCGCGUGCAGGUUUACGGACCUUAUUACGCUUACGAAUGAGAGCCGAGCGUCAUUCGGUAGUACAAAUAGACGUAUAUGAUGUAUGUCGUACAUUAGACGAGCGGAAACGACGAUCCAGUAUGUUGAGGAAUAGUUUAUUUAGAUUGACACACACACACACACACACACACACACACACACACACACACAUACCAAAGGGCCGAGUCGCAUAUACUUGCCCCGCUUCCGUAGAAUACUUCACAAAUACUUUGUAUCUUUGUAUCAAUUGUAUUUUUUUUCUUACUAUUCGCGCGUGAUCCGUAGGAUUAUUCGAUCUCCUUAGUUACUGUAGCGCUUUCUGAGAGGAUCCAUCGUCGAACAUGUCAUAACCCAAUGACACUACGAUACCGAUUGAACGUUCAUCAAAGGCUUCUCAAGAUUCGCUUUUAUGUUCGCAAUGUUCACCAUUCUUUCUGGAAAUGAGAUGUCCCUCGCGCGUCUCUCAAGUAUAUACCUUUUGAAGAUCUUUCUAAGUUAUUCCUGAACAAAUGAACUGGUCAAGCAAAUCUCAUUCUAUGCCGCGCGGCGAGAACUCGAUAGAAAUAGAAUGUGAAUCAUUGGUGUAAAAGUAGCCUAAAAUCACGAGUAUCACACGGAAGACGCACAUUUUAUAAGAAGGAGAGGGAUAAAAGCGUCCUCGGAGCACAAGCAAACUCGGUUGAGCGACAAAAUGGAGAGACUUGUUAAUAUCGCCCGCGGAACGUUUCCACGUCGGAAGAUCAUUUCAAGCCGAAUUCCCUUCCAACGUCUAGAGUUUCUUCCAACGUCAGUGGAUGUCACGCAAUCCACCGCGCGAGGUCUGCCGACCUGAGCUCGUUUACGUCGAGCAGAAUAAUCUAGUUGUGUUUCCCGAAGAGCGAAAUUCAAAAUUAUCCAGCUGUAGUAUAUCUUAAGCAAUUGAGCGAUCUCUUCUUCUCGAAAGCCCGCGUAAGCAAGAAAGAGAAGAAGAGAGAUGAUGCGAGCUCCGUAACACCAAACUUCCAAUACAAAGGAUAUUACGCGCGAUUCGAGCAAGUCUCCUUACGGAAGAGUCUAUUUUUCGAAAUGAGUUUGAAAUUAUCGGGGUCGGAGGUGAUCUCACACUUUCUCACAUCGGAAUAGGAUCUUUCGCCAACACAGGCGCCGCACAACAGAAAAAACACUGCACAAGGUAAUUACGUUCUUGACCAAAUGUGUUUCUCCCGUCAUUCUUGCCACGUAAACAAAGGUAAGUUUACGCGAACGGUCGCGACCUGAUACUUCCGACGCGGUCUCCGUUUCGAGUCUGCUCGACGGACUGCUCGGAGUCCGGAGCUCUACCGUUCACCUCUUUGUUAAUUAGCCGCGAGAAGAAAUUCACUAGGAGCAAAGCGUCCUUGUACAUACCGUCGUAUAUAGAUGUAUAUCCGUAUAUACGUACGUACUGGUGCAGCUUUAAUGUGUGUGUAUGUAAUGUAAAAAUUAACAACAAGGUACAGCUAGUGUUUCAUCGACGUACGCUGUAUUCCGUGUAUAUGUACAUAUAUUUAUAUAUAUGUGUAUAUGGAGAGAAAGGGAGAGAGAAAGAGAGAGGGAGGAGCAGAGAGGGAGACAAAGAGGAAGAAAGAAAGAACGUUAUUUUGUUGGACUUCUCGUGAUAUUGCGGCCGCGCGUAAGGUACGCGCGCGUAGCGACGUGCGCGUUCGUGAUUUAGCUUGUAAUUAAACAUAUCCGUGGACGAGCUGGCGUCGUGACGCGCGUAAAAUCUUGGGCGCGAGAUGACGGACGCCUGUCGACUUGUGUCGGCGCGUCAUCAUGCGCCAUUACACGCAUUCAGGGAGCCGGGGACGGCCCUUCGUGCCGUCAACAGUUUCGGAGCAUCUCACCUUUUUCUUACCUCUUAUUGCCGUUGUUACCGCAAAUCUCUCAUUUGGACAACUUGUAGCGCUGUAUAUAAUACUUUGCGGCACGCUGCGCCGCACGGCGACGAGGAGGAAGUAGCGAAAUUGUUCUACGGGGGACGAUUCGAACGUUGAAAUUGUGACUAGAGAGAAACAUGAAUUUUUCUGUCACGCUCGUUUCCACUACGUUCUCUCGAAAUUGCUCACGUACGUGUCGAUGACGUGAGUAAUCGAACGAGAAUAUCCGCGAACGAAGUCGACUCCGAUUUUGCGCGCACGUGGCAAUAAUUCGAGGUGAGGCUCUAUGAAAAGAUUGCUAUAUAAAUAUUGCGUAAACUAGAUACACACAGAAAUUAGCGAAUUUUUCGAAUGAAACGUUUUAUCAUCACAGAGGUAUUAUAUAUAUAUAUACAUAUAUAUAUAUAUACAUAUAUCGAUAUAGAGAAUGUAUAGGGUAAUCUCUCUAGUUUCGAGGUCGAACAUAUCCGUCCUGUAUUUAUUUGAGUUCCCCUCAUUGAGAAAUCGCGUAGGUUCGCGUUGAUGUCGAGCGAGCGCGGAGAUUCUUUAGUACGAGGUGAUCAGUACAAUCGGUACGGAUUGUCCGCCUCCUGUCGUCGUUUCGUUAGCACCGACCGUAGGUAGCGUGGCCUGUGACUAAUUGACAAAUCAAAAGUUUACAUGUAUAGCGUGUAGAACGUCCGAAUCGUUUCGGACAACUCCAAAACUAGCUGCUACGCUCGAUUCAAGUUCGUUUUAUACUUCGUCUCUAACGCUAACGAAACGCGCCCGUUUCAUUCGAAUGUAAUGCACCUUUCGACCUGUUAUCAACAAGCUUGUACAUUACAUUAGUUUAGUUUCCGUUUUCGCGGGGGAACAAAUGGAGAAAGAGGAAGAGAAAAGGAAAGACAGAGAGAGAGAGAGAGGAAAAGAGACGCGGAAACGCAUCGCGCUUCAUCGGCGACGACGGAGACGUCGCUUGGCUAACUAGCUUAGCUCUUUCGUCGAAUUCAAGCGUUAGUUGAAAUGAAAUUUUUCUUCCUGCAGCGGACGAGGGGCCAAAACGCGCGUGAUAGGAUUAAAGUACAUUCAAACCACGAUAUCGUACUAAGAGAAUAUUUGACCGGCCACGUGAAUGAGGACGGUUUUGGUCCGAGGAGGUCCGCGACAUCCCGCGAUGCCUUGAGUCUCACGCGUACGUGAGACACGUAAUGCUAUGUAAAUGCUAUGGAGAUGCUUGCCCUUCGAUUUCGAGCGGUGUAAGUAGCCCUCGGAAGAGCCCGGGACUGAAUCUACGGUAUCGUUGGUCGCGCGUUUGUUCACGUGGCUCGGUCACUUUAUCGUCUAGAGAGCUCUCUUUAAAUUAUAACACUGGCCUUUCCUUAUAUACGAUAUACGCUCACGAGAGACCACGAUUUAAAUCUAAAGAGAAAACGAAAAAGAUAUAUAAGAGAAGGAAAGAGAAGAGAGGAGAUGGGGUGGAGGGAGGGGUAAAGCGGCGCAGAGAUUUUUAUUAGCCGCGUGCACGCGUUAUUACGCUUGAUCCGAAGCACCUUCACACACGUUGGUACAAGUAAGCAAUUAAUCGAACGAUCCGACAAAUGGGAAUCUUCAGGCAACAAUACUCGACCAAUACUGUUAAUUCUUAAGCUAAGUACACACGAUAAAAGCCACCUUUAAAUCCUACCUUCACUUCGACCUGGUAUGUUCGUAUGUUGUAUCCGUGAGAAGCUCGUCACAGACUCUCGCUCAUUAAGUCCCGGCGGACGUGGCGUGUCCGCCAUUUACGCCGUUGGCUAACGCUAAUCGUUUCUAUAAAUGUGUAUACCCACACACGGAUCGAUGACUGUAUAAAUUCUCAGUUUGAUUUUCCAGCACAAUUUAAUACAAGGGUGUGUACAUAACCGACAACUCCAGCACCAUGUCCGUUCGAUGUGAUGUAAUGAAAUGUAAACGUAACGAGAGAUAUAUUAAUAUAUUACAAAAGACACGUCGUGUAUGAUUAGCAUUGUACUCUGCGUAAAUCUACAGAGAAAUAAAAAUACUCGAUUACUUAA